GCUUUUUUCUUUCACUUCACCUUCUCCUGGACUUUAAAGUUGAAAAAUGACUGUGGAGUUACUUUUACGCAUUUGCCUUUACGCGCGACAACUGAGUCUUCUUAAGAGUUCGCGCGUGUAUCUGUUGCCUCGCUGUGUUUCUGUGUUUGUUUAGAAACGUAGUGCGGAUCAAAUGGCUAUAACACGCUGACGCAUGGCGGGGCGGCACUACUACAGGAAUGUUUUUUUCCCCUCUCUCUGUUUCCACGCACACGGAUUUGCGUUUGUUGUCCAGCAGCACGCAUCGAUUAGUCGUUCGAACGUGUCGCUCAGUCGUCGACUCGUUUUCUCAGUAAUCCGUUAACACUCGUAUCUGAAGACUGAGGGAAACGAUCGUGCAGAUCGGUGAAGUAGAUUCAAGUUAAAAAAAAUAAAAAUCGACUCUGUUUUAUUAACACAGCGCCACGCUGAGCUCUCGAGCUCAUCAGGAAGACAUUAGAGUUCCCUCUCUUUUUUUUUUUUAACGUUUGCAUGUAAGAGGAUACUUUCACACUGAGAUCUACUUGAAAAAUGCUGCUCAUUCUGCUCGGUGUGCUCGUCUUGCACUUAAUCAUUCUCAUUCUCCUCAUCGUGUCCACAGCAGCCAGUGCGUGGUCUGUAGGUGGGGAUAGGAGCACAGAUCUAUGGUACAGUUGUCUGAUAUCGUCCAAUGGAGGCUACCACUGCAAGCCAUCCAGCAAUGAAGACUGGAUCCAGGCGGUGCAAGCCCUCAUGAUCCUGUCGGUUCUCUUCUGCUUCUUUUCCCUCAUCGCGUUCGUGUUCCAGCUCUUCAAACUUGUCAAGGGCGGACGCUUCUACUUCACCGCCAUCUUCCAGAUCUUUGCGAGUUUGUUCGUGAUGUGCGGGGCGAUCAUCUACACUGUGAUGUGUCCUGAUGACUCCCCUCACAAACAGUUCGGCUACGCCUAUGUGCUGGCCUGGGUAGCUUUCCCUCUCAGUCUCAUCAGUGGCCUCAUUUAUAUCGUCCUGAGGAAGAAAGAAUGAGAGGAGGAGAGGAGGAGACAAGAGGGAGGGGUCGUAAGGAGACCCCCUUACCACAACAUCGCACUGUGCCUACUGCCCACAGACCAGAGACUGACAUCCCAACAAUAUAACAAAAGUGCAUGUGUCACUAACAGUUGUAAAAACAGACAGGAGAUACUGUCUCGCAGUCGCUGCGAAUCGCUGUUACCGUUUUGCUGUAUUUUAGCAUCCAUUCAUCAUAUGCUGACAAUCGUCGCACACGGUUUGCCGUGUGAAUUUCAACACCCUUGCACAGCGUGAUUCCCGUGGCGACAGUGUUUCCUCGAAGUACGUUAAGCAAUAUGUUGGUGACAUAUUGACUUUAGUUGCAUGCUGACACCCAACACUUCCACGAAUCCCCCACGUGUGAUAACAACAACGACGAACAAUCCCGCCUUUCUUUAGUAGAAGGAUGUACAUAGUGUCUGUGGUUUUUAGACAUAUUUAUAACAAUUUUUUUUUACAUACAUUUUUGUACAUAUUGUUGUCAAAGUUAACAUUGUCAUCCUCGUUUUUGUGAUAGAGUCUGUGUCUCUCACAAGUCAUGCAGCUGUGCCAAAGAGAUGCCGCUUCAACUGCCAGAGUACCAAGCUUUUCUCGUCUUUGUCGUCUCCCCCUUCUUUGUCUUUAAUUCGCUUUGAACGACGUGCCUUACUUAGAAUAUGUGUGUUCUUGAAGGAAAAUGAGUAAAUCCUCAGAAAUAAACAAAAAAGAAAGAAACAAGUUUUUUUAGUAAACUUAUGAAGUUUUUGUCUGAAUUAUCAUUGUACUUGAUAUGUCAAAUAAUUUUGCAUUUUGUAAUCUAGUUUUAAAAAUGGUGCUUUUUUUACCUACUAUUCUUGAAAUGUAUAGCCUACUUUAUGUUGCCUGUUGUGUUGUCGUACGAUUAAUUUGCUUUGUACAAACCUGUUCCCAUUUUAUUUGUCAGUAUUCUUCAAAAUAAACCUUUUGAAAUAAAUCCUUCUUACUGCA